AUGGCUUUGGGGUUGGUUCAAGUAGAUGAGGAAAGAAACAAGGGAACAGAGGAUGUGGGAAAUGAUAUUUUCCAGAUUUUGGUUAGCAAUUCAUUGUUCCAGGAUGUUGAAAGGGAUAAGUAUGGUCAUGUCACUGGUUGUAGAAUGCAUGAUCUGGUGCAUAAUCUUUCCUUAUCACUUUCCAAACAUGAAAGUUUACGUGUGGUGGGUGCAAUCAAUGAUGAUAUAUCUCAUAUUCCUCAGGUUAAACAUCUCGCUUUUUACCAAGAACAGAACAAGGAUAAUGAACUUGAAGCUAAUGUUUAUAUGUUCAUUAAAAGGGAUACUAUGGCUAGAAGUUUGCAUACAUUGUUCUUCAAUGGUGAAUUUGAGAAGAAAUUUUCAUUUCAGCAAUUUAAGAGCAUUCGGAUCCUAAAACUCAAAGAUUGUACAAUAGAGAAGAUAGACGAUUCAAUUGGAGGGUUGGUGCACCUCAGGUAUCUUGAUUUGUCAGGUACCGAAAUUCGUGUUCUACCACAAUCUAUUGGCAGAUUAUACCAUUUGCAAACUCUGAAGCUGCUAAGUUGCCAUGAUCUCAAGUUUCCAAAAUCCAUGAGAAAUUUGAUAAGUCUACAAUAUCUCAAAUAUGGGAGAACCCUUCCAGCCAAUAUUGUGGGACAUUUAAUUUCUCUUCGAACAUUGCCUUCCUUUGAUGUACAUAAGAAGAAGGGCUAUCGAAUUGAAGAGCUAGGUCGUUUGAAAAACCUUAGUGGAAAGCUCUGUAUUUCCAAUCUAGGAAAUGUUUUUAGCAAAGAUGAUGCUAUCAAAGCAGAUUUAUCCGGAAAGAAAAAUUUAUACGAGAUUGAAUUCAAGUGGUAUACGGACAAUCAAGGUGACAACAGAAAUGACAAGGAUGUAUUGGAAGGUUUGCAACCCCCAAAAGAUUUGAAAAUAUUGAAAAUUAAAAAAUUUUCUGGUGAUAAUUUUCCAGAAUGGGUAAUGAAUAUGGGUGUUUAUAUUGAUGGGAAAGGGACACCCCUUAACAAUCUCGUGGAGAUCACAUUAAAUGAUUGUAGGAGUUGUCUCUCUCUUCCAAAGCUUGAACACCUACCAAAUCUUCGGGAUCUUGAGUUAAGCAAAAUGGACAGUGUGACAUGCUUAAGGAGUUACUUAGUCGAAUGCAAUAAUGUUACUGGAUCAACGAUGCCUUUGUCUUCAUCAUUGAGAUCCCUCAAACUAUUUCGUAUGAAAAGACUAGAAAAGCGGAUAGAUGGAGAAACCAAUAGCUCAAUAAUGAUAUCGCCUGUCCUUGAGAAGUUGGUGAUUAUUCAUUGCCCAAAGAUUAUUCUCAUAGAUGAAUGUCAUCCCCAUCCUCUUGCUUCCUUAGAGAUGUGGAUGUGUACAGGUCUGGUGUCCAUUAAAAGCAUGAAAGGCCUCACAUCUCUUGUAUCUUUAAAAAUUUUCUUGUGUCCUAGUCUUUUAGAAAUAACCAAUUUGCCAAGCCAGUGUCAUGCUUUAAAGACUUUGCAAAUUUUCCAUUGUGAAAAACUGACUUCCUUGCCCCACCGAAUUUUUGAUUGUUUUGCCUUCUUAAAUGAGUUGACACUUGGUCCAUUCUCGAAGGAGCUCAAUUCUUUUCCAAGUCUCCAAGGCAUAGAAAAGUUAAAGGACCACCUUCACUCGUUAACAUUAUAUGGAGAGGAUCAUUGGAAGUCAAUACCAGAAGAAAUUCAACACCUCACUUCACUAACUCAGUUAAACAUUGUUCGAUUCGGAAUUUCAGAGGUGCCAAUGUGGUUAACGAACAUGCCAUCUAUUCGAGACAUUGAUUUUAGUUAUUGUAAUGGGUUAGACGAAGAAAAGGUUAAACGGGAGCUCCGAGGGAAGCAAAUGUCAUCAAAUUAA